CUCAAAAUGCAUCUGAUCCUCAAGAAGAUGUGAAUGUAGCCCUUUCAGACCUAGAAAAGAAGCUCUGUCAACACUUCAGGAGGAUAGAGAUAAGAGGAAAAAGAGGAAGAAAGGUUCCUGUGCUUUUGACCCCAGCAAUGCAGGAAUCAUUGGAUCUGCUUGUCAGCAAACGACAGAAAUGUGGGGUUCCUCAGGACAACAUAUACUUAUUUGCAAGACCAUCCGCUUUUACCUGCUACCGUGGGUCUGAUUGCCUUCGACAGUUUGCCAAGAUCUGUGGUGCAAAAAGUCCUGAAAGUCUCACCUCUACCAAACUGCGCAAACAAACAGGAACUCUGUCUCAAGUUCUCAACCUCAGUAACACUGAGCUGGAUCAGUUGGCUGAUUUCCUUGGCCAUGACAUUAGAGUGCAUCGGCAGUUCUACAGGCUUCCUGAGGGCACCCUCCAGCUUGCUAAAAUUAGCAAAGUUCUCAUGGCUCUGGAGCAGGGACGCCUGUCAGAGUUCAAGGGCAAGACCCUGGAUGACAUCAGCAUUGAUCCUGAAGAGAAUGUGCACCUGGACAGCGAUACUGACGUGGUGUGUGAGUCAGAUUCACAAGAGAGUCAGGUCUCAUUUAAUGAGGGGGAAGAGAAUGAAACAACAAUUCCAGAUGUGAGCCACCUGGAUGCAGCACCAAAGCAGGACACCAUGACACCUCCACAAGCCCGUUGCAGCCGAUCACCAAAAAAAGACAGAGGUCGUCGACCUUUAAAGAGAAGGAUGUGGGACAAAGAGGAGAUCCGUGCUGUCGAGACGCACAUGAUGUCCUUCAUCACUUCAUGUCGUGUUCCUGGGAAAAGCGACUGUGAUAAGUGCCUUGAACUCGAAAAAGUAGCUCUCAAAAACAGAGAUUGGUUAGCCAUAAAGUUCUACAUUAAGAAUCGAAUCACAGCUCUCAAGAACAAAGUUUAAAAUUAUCAUUUAAUGUCAGCAAUACGUUCAGUUGUUUCCUUCAUACGUUGCUUUGUUUGCAAUGCAACAAUAUUUGGAUACUGUUCAGUGUUCUGCUAGAUGAAUUAUUGUUGUACAACAAUAGUUAGGGGUGUAAAUCACCAGCUUCAUCACAAUACGAUAUUACUGUGUAUCAAUUUGUUUGUUAUUGUUU